ACACUAGCAAGCCACAAACUGGACAAAAAGACCCAUAUUUUCAGCUCACAGCUCCCAAAUUUCAGCGUGUGUGCGUCAGAUAUUGUACGCACUGCCACCUCUGCGCUCCAUCCAAACCUAGCCCUCAAAUCGCCUCAGAGACGCUGCACACGCCCCCAGCCUGCACGCCUCCGCGGAUGGCCGAAGCCGCGCCGCCCUGGCAACAAAAUACGCCUUACGAAGUGCGCGUGACCGCGAAACCCCUGCGCUCGUUGACCUACGACGUCCUGCCGCCGGCGCCGUCCAGUGACACGACCGCGGUCGUCCAGGAAGCGGGCGGCGCCGUCGUCGUCAAGCGCGCCGCAAGCGGCGCGGAGCGCGAGUUCCGCGGCCGCUCCGCGAAGACGACGCCCCUCGACGCGGCGCUCAUCUUCGACGCGACGGCGGGGACCUUCGAGCUGCGGCGCGUGGCCGCGGCGGCCGUCAAGCUCGCGCCGCCGCCGCCGGCGAGCUUGGCGCCGAGCCCUAAAAAGAAGCCGGGCGCCCGCAAGCGCGCGCCGACGCAGCGCUUCUCGGCGAUGACGGACGGCGGCAAGACCUACCGCGCGGCGCCGCCGGCCCCGGCCGACGAGGACGAGGAGGCCGAGCUCGUGUGCCAGCCGCGGAAGAAGGCGCGGCCGGCGACGGCGCCCGCCGCGGCGAAACCGACGGCGAAGAAGAAGGCGUCCGCGACGGGGGAGGACGCGAAAAGUCUGGUGGAUCGCGCGGCGCCCAUCGCGGUCGUCCAGAAGAACCCGAAGCGGGCGCCGAGACGGCGUCGAAAUUCACGCCUUCGCCGCGGCGUCCCGGGUGUCUGCUCGGUGGCGUAUGUCGAAACGAACCGGUCGCGUCCGCGCAGGGCGCCUCCGGCGAGCGCUUCGACAAAUACAUGGCCGCGACGACGGCGGCCGAGUUUCUUGAAUUGGGCGGGACGCGGGCUGAUUUAAAAUACGACAUCGCGCGCGGCUGGGUGACGGUGCUCGACCCGCGCUGAGACUGUGUGCGUGUGUUAAGACAAGACAU